AUGGCGGUGAAAAAUAACCAGCAGAUCGAGCGUGUAGACCGCGCAGAGAUCCAGCUGGUGAGAAUUCAGAACUAUGUUCUCGAAUUCACCGUGUACAACUACAUGCAGGAAAAAAUCGCAGUACGAUCCAUUCUACCGCUCCGCCAGACUGUCGUCACAUCUAGGCGGACAUGCGGCCGCCUGGGAUCUUUGAAGCCGCCACCACGACGUGCGGACCAACCCAAGACAACCCCACUUGUCCCUAAAGGACCUCCGCUCUAUGUUACGAGAGCAUCGAAGAAGGCACUCUACAGGCAUGAGACUGUGGACGCAAAUAAGACAAAAGACGUCGAACAUGUGCCUGGCGCGAUCAGCACACUGCUGGAGCCGGUGGAAGAGUACCUUCGUCUCGAGCGACCAGGUAUGGCUCUCAGACGAUUUCAUGCCGACCUUGAUAGGUCUUCUGUCGAAAGUUCCACUCGAUUCUCCGCGUAUGAAAGCGCAAUCGGGCUGUUUUUGCGGUACAGGCAACCGCUUGAGGCUGCGAUGAUACUCGGACGCAUGUCGUUAGCUGGAUACAUUCCCUCGGUAUCCGCGCGUACACAGAUGGCGGUUAUGCAUUUUUUGAUGCGGUCCUCCGAUGCGAAUCUGUUAAUGCAAGAACUGCAUCAGUACUUCUCGAACAAGUCCUUCAAACAAUAUUGUCUCCGAGAUCUACUGCAUCUUAUGGACCAUAUCGCGGAGUGUCAUCCCGAGACGAUGGAAAAAAUUGUGAAGCUCUUCCUGGAGAUCAAAGGCCCCCACGAAGUGCUCUCAGAAAAAUCGCGGAAUCUUCUCGUACUCAUGUACACAAAGGCAGGAUCCGCGGAGUCCGCCUUGCGGUGGAUUUCCGAACCGAAGCCCUCACCAUCAGAAUCUACACCAACCCCGGUCACUCGGCAAACCUCAGACAAGCAGGCACACCCUCCGCACCUGUACACAACGCUUUUCAGGAACCUGGCCUCGAAUCAAGACGAAGAUGGUACCACCUAUCGCCGGAUCUUCCAAGAAGCCCAGGAGCAGGGCAUCGUCCCAGACCUUCCCUUUUGCAAUGCCCUCAUAGCAGUGCAGGUCGAUCGCCGGCGCUACGACCAGGCCUUCCUCAUCUACCGCCUUCUUUUUGACGAGCGCACGCAAACAAGCACACCUGACGCGUUCACAUAUGUACCACUGUUCCGCGCUGUCUGCAACCUUCACCGGCCGCACAAUGCACACACCCGCGGCUAUCGGCGUCCGCUUGAUGUUCCAUCUCCUCGCCGGCUCUUCCGCGACAUGCUUGAGUGUCACUUACUGAGAAAUGGCUUGCCUCAGAAGUGGCUGCCAUCUCCGGUGUUGAACGGUUCUGUGCUGCGCCAUGCUCUCCGGAUGUUUAUGAGUAUGGAGGAUUACGCGGCCGCUCUCGUCAUCUUGCGAUCGUUUGUUCUCUUCGAUGAAGACAUUACUCUGAAGGUGUAUCGCAUAAUACUUUACCGCCUGAUGCAUCGGGUCAACUCGGAACUGGUUAGAAUGCCUAAGGUGCCGGAGCCACAUCGCCUGUGGACGUAUCGCUUCUUAGGCUUAGCCUCUCGUCCGGACUUCGCGCCCAAGCGUGUCGAUUUCCACCUCUUCGAUGAGGUUCUGCGCCUCGGUACGGAGCCGCGCAUCAAUUUGGACUACAUUCCUCCCCCCAUUUGUGCAAUAAGAAGCACUUUAUCUGGUGGUGCAGUCGGCCCGCUCGCGCCCGCCGACGCAGCUAUCCAGCUGAGCCAACAGCAUGGGAUGCCUCCUGGACUUCUGAUCGCAGGUUUAAUGGAAGACAACACGCAUCCUAACACGCGCUACAGUGUUACACCUCUUCAGCGGAUCUUGAGGCGGGCGGUACUGGCACAACGGAUGCAUUUGUUCUGGGAUCCGGCGGUGCAGGUCUCGCAUGACGUCGCACAAGCAAAGGCCGAGGUGCUCGGGGGAGUAAUGAAGGAGCGAUAG